UUGGCGGCGCCAUGGCGACGGCGCGUGGCGGCUUCCCGCGGGCGCUGCCGGUGCUGCUGCUGCUGCCGGUGCUGCCCCGCGCCGCCGCCGAGCAGGUUGUCCUGCUGGAUUCAAAGGAAUCGCAAGCGGAGCUGGGCUGGACCUCGCACCCAUCCAACGGGUGGGAAGAAAUCAGCGGGGUGGAUGAGCAUUACAAGCCGAUACGCACGUACCAGGUCUGCAAUGUCAUGGAGCCAAACCAGAACAACUGGCUGCAGACAGGCUGGAUUGCCCGGCGCGAUGGCCAGAGGAUCUUCAUCGAGCUGAAGUUCACCUUGCGGGACUGCAACAGCAUCCCUGGCGUGACGGGCACCUGCAAGGAGACGUUCAACCUGUACUACGUCGAGUCCGACUCCGACCUGGGCCGUAGCAUCCAUGAGAGCAAGCACACCAAGAUCGACACCAUCGCCGCUGAUGAGAGCUUCACCCAGGGGGACCUGGGUGAGCGGAAGAUGAAGCUGAACACGGAGCUGAGGGAGAUUGGGCACCUGAGCAAGAGAGGCUUCCACCUUGGCUUCCAGGACGUGGGUGCCUGCGUGGCGCUGGUCUCCGUGCGGGUCUAUUACAAGAAGUGCCUGGCGACCGUGCAGAACCUGGCCGUGUUCCCAGACACGGUGGCGGAGACGGCGUUUGCCACGCUGGUGGAAGUGAAGGGCUCUUGUGUUGCUCACGCCCAAGUGGAUGUGGAUAACCCCCCCCGGAUGCACUGCAGCGCUGAGGGCGAGUGGCUGGUCCCCAUCGGGAAGUGCGCGUGUGGUCCUGGCUUCGAGGAGAAGGACGGGGGAUGCAGAGCUUGCCUCCCUGGAUUCUACAAGCUUUCCCCCCAUCUCCCUCUCUGCUCUCCCUGCCCUGAGCACAGCUUUACACAUGAGGAAGCCUCCACCUUCUGUUCGUGCCAGAAGAACUACUCCAGGUCUCCGUCAGACCCCCCCUCUGCCUCCUGCACACGCCCUCCCUCCGCCCCGAGGAACCUGGUCUACAGCCUGCGGCAGUCAUCCCUGGUGCUGGAAUGGAGCGCUCCGGCGGAUGCGGGCGGCCGGAGCGACCUCACCUACAGCCUGUGGUGCGUGCGGUGCCCCACGGCUCCGCGGGGCCGCUGCGAGCAGUGCGGCAGCAGCGUGGGCUUCGUGCCGCAGCAGACGGGGCUGGUGGAGCGCACCGUGACCCUCGUCAACCUCCUGCCCCACGUCAACUACACCAUCCGCGUGGCCGCCCUCAACGGCGUCUCCGGCCUCAGCCCGCAGUACGCGGAGGUCAACGUCUCCACCGGCCUCGCAGCAUCAAAUCCUAUCACUGGCAUCCGCACAGAUAAAGUGGAGCAGAAGAGCAUCUCCUUGUCAUGGCAGGAGCCGGGCCUCCCGACCACAAACGGCACCGAGUACGAGGUCAAGUACUACGAGAAGGAUCAGAGAGAUCAGAGCUACUCAACUGUGAAGACCACAUCGACGGCCGUGACGGUCAACAACCUGAAGCCUGGCACCCUCUAUAUUUUCCAAAUCCGGACAUCCUCCUCUCCGGAUUAUGGGAACUACAACCCCAGCAUCGAGGUGGAGACGCUGGCAGAGUUGUCGGUGGCCUCCAGCGAGCAGAACCCUGUCCUCAUCAUCGUGGUGGUGGCCAUCGCGGGGCUGACGGUGCUGGUGUCCAUGGUGAUCGGCACCAUGGUCUGGAGGAGACAGUGUGGAUACAGCAAAGCCAGCCAGGACGGGGACGAGGAGCUGUACUUCCAUUUUAAAAUACCAACCAGGAGGAUGUACAUCGACCCUGACACUUGUGAAGACCCCAUGCAGGCCGUGCACCUCUUUGCCAAAGAGCUGGAUAACGCUAGUAUUAAAAUUGAGAGGAUCAUUGGGACAGGGGAGUUUGGAGAGGUCUGCCGGGGGUGCCUGAAGCUGCCCAGCAAGCGGGAGCUGCCAGUGGCCAUCCAGACCCUGCGGGCAGGGUGCUCGGAGAAGCAGCAGCGUUCCUUCCUGGCAGAGGCGUGCACCAUGGGCCAGUUCGAUCACUCCAACGUCAUCCGCCUGGAGGGGGUCAUCACCCGAGGGAGCACCAUGAUGAUAGUGAUGGAGUACAUGGGGAACGGUGUGCUGGACUCUUUUCUCAGGAAACACGAGGGGCAGUUCACGGCCACCCAGCUGGUUUGCAUGCUGCAGGGGAUUGCCUCUGGCAUGAAGUACCUGGCAGAGAUGGGUUACAUCCAUAAAAACCUGGCUGCCCACAAAGUCCUCGUGAACAGCAGCCUGGCUUGCAAAAUAACCGGCUUCCGACGGCCACAGGAGGAUAAGAUGGAGACCAUCUUCUCCACGAUGCGUGGGAAGAGCCUGGUGCUGUGGUCAGCCCCCGAAGCCAUCCAGUAUCACCACUUCAGUCCGGCCAGCGACGUGUGGAGCUUCGGCAUCGUCAUGUGGGAGGUCAUGUCCUACGGCGAGAGACCCUACUGGGACAUGUCCAACCAGGACGUGAUGAAGGCUGUGGAGGACGGGUUCCGCCUGCCCGCCCCGGUGAACUGCCAGCCCCCCCUGCACCAGCUCAUGCUCGACUGCUGGCAGAAGGACCGCAGCCAGAGACCCAAGUUCUCGCACAUCCACAGCAUCCUCAGCAAGCUGGUGCAGAGCCCGGAGCCCCCAAAGUGCCCCAGCUCCACGUGCACCAGGUCCCACAGCACCUCCAUCCCCCUCACCGAGCGAACCUUCUCAGCCUUCCCAUCUUUCAGCUCCGUAGGCGAGUGGCUGGAAGCGAUAGAAAUGGGCAGGUACAAAGACAACUUCACCGCUGCGGGCUACUGCUACCUGGAGUCGGUGGCCAGGAUGACAGCCCAGGACAUCCUCAGCCUGGGCAUCACGCUGGCGGAGCACCAGAGCACCAUCCUGAGCGGGAUCCAGACCCUGCGGGCGCAGGUGAUCCAGAUGCAUGGCCGAGGCGUGCAGGUGUGAAGCGGAGCCCCACAGCGGUGCAGAGCCCUGAGCCGGGGAGCAGGCAGCCACCCGGCCCCACACCGGACCAGAGGUGGGAUGUAGGGGUCACUGAGCUGCUGCCAAGCCAGCGGGGCAGGAGCGCAGGGCGUCAGGAAGCCAAGGAUUCCCGGGAUGCGUGCCUCGGUGGAUGUGGCUCUCCCUGGCACUGUGGUGUGUGAUGAGUCGAACUGAUGAUGCCAUUUCACACGGUGAUUGGGUUAACAGGGUGGAUGGACCUUUGUGCACUGCCGAAAUCCAGAGCUGGCAGCGCUUUCGUACCUAGCAUCCUACUGGUGAGAUCCAUGGGUGUUUUUAUACGAGCUGACACGUUCCGGCAACCCCACAAGGAGCUUUUUAUUGCUUUUCUUUUUAGAGACCGGAGCACAGCUCCCACCCAGCGCCCAUCUUCUGGAAGGUGACUUUCCCCAUCUGCUAUGCUGAAGGCAACUCUUCCCCAGCCACCUCCCUUCUGCUCUGAGUUGCUUCCCUGUGUCUUGACGCCAAGGUUGGUGGGCAGAACCAAAACACUCUUCACUAACGGGCAGAGCAAAUGGUGCUGAAUGUCUCUGAGGCUCUCUUGUCGAGACAAUUGCAAGGGAAGAAAUGAA